CUGUUGGACCCGGGCGGUUGCGCAGAUCGCCGCCGAGCCAGCGAGCGGUAGGGACCAGGCCAUGGAGAGCCGAAUCCAGCGAGUUCGCGACGCGUUCGCGUCCGGCCGGUCGCGCCCGCUAAGAUUCCGGCUGCAGCAGCUCGAGGCCCUGCGCAGGAUGAUGCAGGAGCGCGAGAAGGACAUCCUACAGGCCAUCGGCGCCGAUCUGUGCAAGAGUGAAUUCAACGCAUACAGUCAGGAAGUCAUUACCAUUCUUGGCGAACUGGAUCUCGUGCUGGAGAAUCUUCCUGAAUGGGUUACUGCCACACCAGCCAAGAAGAACUUGCUGACCAUGCUGGACGAGGCCUAUGUCCAGCCGGAGCCCCUGGGAGUCGUACUCCUCAUCGGAGCUUGGAACUACCCCUUUGUUCUCACCAUUCAGCCUCUGAUCGGAGCCAUUGCCGCAGGAAAUGCUGUUAUUAUCAAGCCUUCUGAACUAAGUGAAAAAACAGCUCAACUCUUGGCCAAACUCCUCCCGCAGUAUUUGGACCAGGACUUGUAUGCUGUGAUUAACGGUGGCAUCCCAGAAACCACGGAGCUCCUGAAACAGCGGUUCGACCACAUCUUCUAUACGGGGAACACGGCCGUUGGGAAGAUUGUCAUGGAAGCCGCUGCCAAGCACUUGACCCCCGUGACACUUGAGCUGGGAGGCAAGAGCCCGUGUUACGUCGACACAGAUUGUGACCUGGACAUCGCCUGCCGGCGCAUAACUUGGGGGAAAUACAUGAAUUGUGGCCAAACCUGCAUUGCUCCUGACUAUGUCCUCUGUGAACCAUCCCUCCAGCAUCAAAUUGUGCAGAAGAUUAAGGAAACCGUGAAGGAAUUUUAUGGUGAAAAUAUAAAAGAAUCUCCCGAUUAUGAGAGGAUCAUCAACCUUCGUCAUUUUAAGAGGAUACUAAAUUUGCUGGAAGGACAGAAGAUCGCUUUCGGUGGGGAGACCGAUGAGGCCACACGCUACAUAGCCCCAACGAUCCUUACUGACGUCGAUCCUGAAGCCAGGGUGAUGCAAGAAGAAAUUUUCGGGCCCAUUCUUCCCAUCGUGCCCGUGAAGGAUGCCGACGAGGCCAUAAAGUUCAUCAACAGCCGUGAAAAGCCGCUGGCCUUCUACAUCUUUUCUCACAACGAUAAGCUCGUCAGACGGAUGAUCGAUGGCACGUCCAGCGGCGGUGUCACGGCCAACGACGUCAUCAUGCACUUCACCCUCAGCUCGCUGCCCUUCGGGGGGGUAGGUUCUAGCGGAAUGGGAGCUUACCACGGGAAGUACAGUUUCGAUACCUUCUCUCAUCAGCGGCCCUGUCUGCUCAAGAGUUUAAAGAGGGAAGGUGCUAACAAGCUCAGGUAUCCUCCCAACAGCCAGUCAAAGGUGGAUUGGGCAAAAUUCUUCAUCCUGAAGCGCUUCAACAGAGGAAAACUCGGUCUGCUGUUGCUGGCUCUCCUGGGCGUUGUGGCAGCCGUGCUGCUCAAGGCUGGAUACUACUGAAGAAAGAUCCUGUUCAAACUCCUGGUUGCCUCUACCGGAUUAUUCCUCUGUUAAACAAUUAAUGAACCAAUCAUUUUAAAAUCCUACCCAAAAUAGUAAGGAAGUAACGCAAAUGCACCAGAAUUAACCGUCAAAGUCAUUGUUGCGCCCCGUGGAUAAAACCUGCCAUCUCAGCCAAACUCCAGCCUUUCCCUCCGUGGAGGAGGGGACGCACUCCGAGAACGCAUUUUACAUGGGUCACCCAGACCUUAGAGCUUGAGUCUAGGGGAGGCGAACGUGUUAUCCUAAACCCUUGGGACAUGUAAAGGAAUCUCAGAACCUGAGUCUGAGUGACUUCUUCACUCUAGUUCUUGGGACACAAGACACCCUGCCCAGGGUUAUACACAGUCCUCUGCAUCCAAAGAGGUGAGGCUAGACCUUCCAGCUCUGCUUGAGGUUUGAGGCACUAGAAUUGUAUAUGGGGGCGGCGGGGCGGGUGGUCCCCAUCUCUCAUCCACUGGGACAUGAGGACUUGACCUUCAGGAGUCAGCCCUCCUGUCAGAUGGGCCACCUGACCAGUGGUCUUCCUCCUUUCUCAUCCAUUCUCCAUCCUCUCUCCUGUUUAUAUUGGGACAGUUUCUUGGGGCCGUCCACAAAUGCCUUCUGUGACUAAUACCACGUAGAACAUCACCUUGUAGGCCCCAGGGCUUCUGGGAAGACAAGUUGCCAAUUUCAUGCACGUAUCAUCUGUCAUUCUUCCCGUGAAGGAGUUGUAGGAUUCUGCAUCUUCUAAAACCCUAACUGGCAUGUUUAAUGCUGUAAUAAGGAGACUUCUAACAAUACUUAGUCUCUCUCAGGAUCUUAAAGUUUCAAGUCAGUGGAUCUUCAAGAACAAAUCUUUAAGUUUCUUAGGUCCAUAGCACAAUGCACAUAAAUUCCACUUUGCUAAACUUCAGAGAGAUCCCUGAGUUAAGUGCAGCCUUCAGGACCUAACAUGGAAAGCCACUGCCUGCCAUGACCAAGAGGCCUUGGAUAAUCAGGACUUCGGAGUUGGAGAGCUUUGGAGGGGGCUGAUGGUGGAUUGUUUGGAGAAGGACUCUGUGAGCCAUGGCAGUCGGCCACGCUGAAGAGGACGGAGGGCACAGGAAGGGGAGCGCUCUCGAGAUGGCUGGGACUGGAGACCUGAGGAGGUUUAGCCCAGUGGGAAAGACCUCAGCCUCCCUGCCAGGCCUUGAGGACUCCUGGCUGCGGGGGCCCCACCCUCCCAGAGCAUGUGUCGCCGGCUUGGUUGCACACGCUCAGACAGCAUGUGACCUUCAUGUCAGCAUGAGGUGUUAGGAACUCAUCACUAGGCUAGUCCAUCAGGAUAAUCUGUCAUAAAAUAUCUUAGAAUAUCCAUGUGGAAUUUUUCAUUUAGCCUACUAAAUUGUACUUUCUGAUUUCUAGUCCAACUAAAUCAUUGGCUUGUCUGUUGGUAUAUUCUGCUUCAAAAUAAAUACAUUAUAUUUACU